ACCCACAAUUAUUACCUCUCCCUCGUCUUCUUCUUCAUUCGAGCAUAAUCAAUCUCUUCGCCAUGUUGUCUCAAAUCAAAGCUAUGGAUAAGCUUCUCCCAAUACCUCCAACAAUGGAUGCAACUGAUAUUUGGGGAGAAAUUGAACGUUCUGAGAGUUACCUAGUGUGCUCUAUGUAUGAAGAGGCAGAGUCAUUAUCCUCUUCUACACUGAAAAUAAUAUUUGGCAACAUUGAUGUUCUAUCCGAGGGAGAACAUCAGUUUCAUGAUAUUUUAGAAUCUGCUGGCAUGGUUUUAGUCCAAUCCUUGCAUGGAAUCAGCAGGACAGUUGAGAUUGUGAAUGAGUUAAGAGAUGUGUUUGGAGAAGUUGCAGCUAUUCCUGUUCAAGUUCUUCUCACUGGAAUAUGCCUUCAAAUAUCAAAUGGUUCCUACUCGGGUGUAUGUGAGAUUCUGGAAGAGUUCUUUAGCAUAUGGGUUUACAAGGACAGCCACUAUAUCCUAAAUGAUGCUGGAGUAAGUGCAAAAGGAUUCCAUGAGAAAAACUGUUUAGAUAUUGAUGAGUACAUGGAAGUAGUGGAGCUGUAUACCUUUGGAGUUCUUGCAAAAGUUUCAAACGACAUAGGCCUAGCCAUUUCAUGGGUUGAGAAAGCUGCGUUACCUGAGGAAAGACGACAGGGGAUUUUGAGAAGAUUGCAUUCGUUACUUUCAUUCAAAACAGCAAACGUUCCAGACGCUAGUUCUUUUGAGGAAAAUUCUAAAGAUUCUUCUUAUGCUGUAGUGAAUAACAAGAAGUCGUUGGCUAAUGAAAAGAAGGAUAAGAUUGAUUCUGUCCUGAAACUCUCUAAACAACAUGAACCUUGGUCACUUUGGUCAUCCCAUCCUCUAAGCCUCAAGGUUGGUAAUACCCAAUUUAGCAUGUCCAGGGGAAAGUUUGCCAUAAGCCUUGUUGGAUUAAUCAUAUGUUAUGCCUUGAAGAGAAAACGAGCUGCUUUGAUACGGAUCAUUCGCAGGCAAAUGGAGUCCACGAGAAAAGCAAUAGUAGAUUUCUGGAAGCUUGCGUUUUCAUACCAAGUGAAUCCUCUUGCAGCAAUUCAAUCCAUACCAAGCACCACAACAUGAAGAUGGAUCAAAUUUGGUAUUGAAAAUGCCUAUGUAAUACCAAACCAACACUCAAAAAUUUUUAUAAUUGGUUCUAUUCAAAGUUCAAACUUACUUUUCCCAAACUCCUCCACUUAUAUCAAACUGUAAUCACUGAACAUGAUUAAGAACCCAUUGCAUAUUCUGUUUUAUCUA